AUGGAAGCAGGGCAAUUGGAAGAGUUACCUAGCCAUGGGAAUGGCUUUACUUGGGGAGGUAAAAGAAACAACUGUUGGAUUCAGUCAAGAUUGGACAGAUGCUUUGGAAAUAAGGAAUGGUUCAGGCAGUUCCCUUGUGCUAACCAAUCUUUCUUGGAUAAAAGAGGGUCUGAUCAUCGGCCAGUGUUAAUCAACUUUAUUGAAGCUCAAGAAUCCUACAGAGGCUCGUUCAAGUUUGAUAGAAGAUUGUUAGAAAUAGAAGGCAUUAAGGAUAAUGUGAUCAAUGCUUGGGAUUUUGGAGGCAAUAAUGGUGUUGCAACUGUUUCUUCAAGAUUGAGAGCCUGCAGAAAGGUGUUGAGUGGGUUAAAGAAGCAAGUCAACAUGAAUUCAAGGGAUCGAAUCCAACAAGCUGAGGUUGCUUUAGAAAGAGAACAAUCUUCAAAUCAGCCGUCAGUGGAGCAUAUUAACGUUCUGAAAAGGGAGCUUGUGAGAGCCUACAGAGAUGAAGAGAUAUACUGGAGGCAAAAAAGCAAAGAGAAGUGGCUAAGGGGUGGUGAUAGAAAUACAAGAUUCUUUCACAAUUCGGUGAAAAUGGCACGGGCUAGAAACACUAUAGAUAAACUGAUCAAUGAGGAAGGAGUUGAAGUGUUCUCAGAGGCUGCAAAGGGUGAAGUGGCGGUACAAUAUUUCUCAAACUUAUUCAAGUCUUCUAAUCCAACUUCUUUUGGAACAUGGUUUCAAGGCAUGAGGACCAGAGUAACAACAAAUAUGAAUCAUGAGCUUACGAAGCCUGUAUCAGAUCUUGAGGUCAAACAAGAUGUGUUCGCAUUGAUCCUUCAAAAGCACCGGGGCCUGAUGAUCUCACUGAAGCCAUGGAUGCCGGAGCUGAUAUCUCCAACACAAUCAGCUUUUGUCUCAGAGAGGAUCAUAUCAGAUAACAUUACCGUAGCACACGAGGUGAUUCAUUCUCUAGGUUCUCAAGAUCCAUUUGCAUCAGAAGAUAUGAUGGUCAAGACAGAUAUGUCCAAGGCCUAUGACCGGGUGAAAUGGAGCUAUCUGAGAGCACUUCUCGAAGCUAUGGAAUUUGACGCUAAGUGGAUUAACUGGAUUCUGAUGUGUGUAUCCUCAGUCACUUUUUCUGUCCUAAUAAAUGAUCAGCCUCAUGGUUUAAUCACGCCCCAGAGAGGACUUAGACAGGGAGAUCCCCUGUCUCCUUUUUUGUUUUUUCUCUGCGCUGAAGGACUAACCCAUCUAUUACACAAAGCUGAAGAGGAAGGAAGUAUUACAGGGAUAAAAUAUGGUAGGAGUGGUCCAACGGUGAAUCAUCUGAUGUUUGCAGAUGAUUGUUUAUUCGUAUGCAAGGCGAAUGAAGAUCAGAGUGGGGCUUUAAUGAGGAUACUAAAGAGAUAUGGAGAUGUAACAGGGCAAGUGAUAAAUUCGGAGAAAUCCUCAAUAACUUUUGGGAAGAAGAUAAAGGAGGAGGAGAAAAUCAAAGUGAAGCGAAUGAUGGGUAUUGAUGCUGAAGGGGGAAAUGCGAAAUACCUUGGGCUACCUGAGAGCUUAAAAGGAUAA